AUGAGGGAUAUCAGUGAAGAAAAGGGGGAGUUGGUCAAUUAUUUCCCUCCGCCACGCCAGUCUCAGCAGCAUACUCAUGAUCCGAACAUCAUUCAUGUCGGCGAUACUUUCUAUCUCUAUACUGUCGGCGAGCAUAUAUUCAUUCAUACGGCACCCGCCCUAGCUGGACCAUGGAGACAUGUUGGCAGCGUUCUUGAUGCCAAUUCGAUUAUUCCGAAGGGUGAUCGUGCUGUGCCCUGGGCACCGACUGUUGUUGAGGUAGAUGGAACAUACUAUUGCUACUACAGUGUGAGCAAGGCCGGAUGUCGAGACAGUGCUAUCGGCGUGGCAACGUCCAGUUCGCCCGGUCCAGGAAAUUGGUAUGACCAUGGAGCGGUUAUCCAGACAGGCACAGGCAUAGGUUCCGAAAUAGCGCCCUACACCUUCUCCAAUGCCAUCGAUCCAAGCGUAUUGGUCCUUCCCAAUGGUCAAGGCUACCUGACCUUUGGAAGCUACUGGACAGGUAUCUACCAGGUCCCACUUAGCAAAGACCUCCUAUCCCCAUUGAGCACUACUUCACCCGAUGCCCAUCACUUGGCCUACGAACCAGUCAAACUCAGCCCACCUAAUAAAAGGGCAACUGCUCUAUGCGGCGACAAGACUGGAGCACAUGCUAUCGAGGGUGCUUUUAUCUCCCACAACGGUGAAUACUACUACUUGUGGUUCAGUCAUGGACGAUGCUGUGAUCUGGAUCGCGGCAAGCUUCCAGAGGCUGGAAACGAAUAUAGUAUUCGUGUCGGUCGCUCCAAGAACCCCCGAGGCCCUUUCUUCGACAAGUCAGGGAAAGAUCUCGUCAAAGGUGGCGGCACCACCGUCUACGGCUCUAAUGGUGAAACCUAUGCCCCAGGUGGGCAAGGUGUGCUCAGAAGUGGCGAUACCGAUAUCCUCUACUACCACUAUCAAAACCGGACAGUGAGCUAUGCAUUCGCGGAUGCUGUACUUGGUUUUAACCCAUUGAAGUACGUCAAUGGCUGGCCUGUUGCACAGGCUUGA